AUGCGAGAAUUGAGAGAGAGCUUUGGAUUGUUCAGAAAAUCUGAAAAUAGCCCAAUUUGGACCACUCUCGAUCCCAAGAGGCCGUUUAAGAGAUAUGUGGAGAUCGAGAAGGUAGCUCUCACUAACUAUGGUAAAGGCUACAGGAAGCUCGGUGUCAUCGUCGAUGUCAUUGACCAAAACCGAGCUACAAUUGGGGCCCUUGACAUGGUUAGGAACCAAAUUAACUUCAAGAGGUUAAGGUAUGGACCCAAAUCGCAAAAGGUAGUAGAGAAAGAAGUAGAAAGUCGUAAUCUAGCUGGGAGUGAUGUUGGAGACAAGGGAGAUCCUACUCCGUUAGUGCAAGAGGUCCCUGCACAACUCCAACAAGCCUUGUUUGAGCAGAUGAGCGAGUGUGGGGCCAUGGACCAUCAUCAGAAAGAUUGUCAUAAGAGGAACUUUUCAUGGACCGAAAUGGAGAAAUUAUCUUCCACUGCACAGAGUGAUAGUAGUUUGGAGGGAUUCGAGGCAACUGGGAGUGCUAUGAAGCCUACAUUUGAAGCUGGGGAAAGACCAGAUGCAAGAGUAACAUCACUUGCAAAUACUAACCAAGCCAGAGAGGAUUAA